AUGAUGUAUUUUAUGAAUCAAGAAAUCUAUGUUCUUAAAAAAAAGGCACAAUUUACUCCCGUAAAGAAUUUAUGGAAAAUAAGUGCACCAGCUCUAGGCCUUUACAUACGUUCUACACCCAGAUUUAUCCUAUAUCAUACAAAAUGCACACUCAUGACAACAUCGAACUUGAAUCGGUCUAUACUCAAACAAAUAUUUCUUUCAUUUCGAGCAAUGUUUUAUCGCGAACGACCACGUCUGGUUGGCGUAGAUAAAUCAGGUAAUCGAUAUUUUGAAGCACCACCAAAUAAAGCAAGUGAACAUACUCAUUUAUCAAAAUUACCAAAGAGGUUUUUUCUUAUGCCCGGACAAAAUGGAUUAGAAUGUUCACAUGGGAAUAUGGAUGUAGAAUUAUCGUCUGUACCUCCUGAAUGGCAUUCAUGGUUGAGUCAUCGACGUUCUAAUCCACCUACAGAAGAAGAGAUAGAAGCUAAUGCUGUAUCUAUGAUCAACCGUCUUAGUCGUGCAGCAGAAUUGGAGGUAUAUUACAUGCUGUUUUUGUUUUCGGCUACAAAUAAUCUCACAGUAAUUUCCUUUUUCAUAAAGUUUCUUACAUUUAGGAUUAGAAAAUCACUAUUAUUUCUGUUUGGCUGUCUAUUUGACUGGACGAUAUAACGGACACGAAGUAAAUCAUAAUCCAACCUCUUCAAAAAUGAUACUGUUGGGCUACAUCCCAUAUGUAUUUGCAUCUAAAAUUCCGAAUAAAUCUUAUCUAGGAUGUAGAUACACACAUAUGAUGAACCUUAACAAAAUCCGUGCUAAAUACUCGUGGGUAUUGGAGUAGGUUCGAAGAAACCUGGUGUCUUUCAAAUUAAGACGUAGAAUUAGUUCAUUAAGUUACUGUUGGCAGUAUAAAGAUUGUACUGACUUAAAAAACAUAAUAUUGUUGACUUUCAUAACUAAUUUGUCCAAAUAAAUAUGCAGCAGGAAAUUUUGUUGCGAAUAUUUGGUCAGUUAGGUGGCUCAAAUUUUUCAGUACUUCAUCUAUAGCAGGGCUGUUGAAAAGAAUGGUUAUUAGUGGGGUGUGGUAUGACUCACAACUUUCUGUUGAGGAUGUUUGAUCUCCAGAAUUCACUCGGCAAAUGUCUUAUUUUUGCAAUUUUAUUUUGGAAAUUUGAAUUUCUUGUUUUCGUGCCAAAAGCCCCCAUUUUCACAUUCACGUCGUAUUUCCCACUUGAGAGGACCUUAAAUGCUGUUGGUUCGUUGUCCCUCAUAAUGUGCUACUUUGUAGCGUUUCCCAAGGACAUUUUAUUCUGUAUGUGUGCGCUUGGAUUGUGAUUGUUGUUCGUGCUUCUGGCUGCUCGUGGAAUACAUAGUAAACCGUGUAAUAAUAGCUAAUAGGUCAAUUCAAAGCUUAUGAUAAAAGAAAUAUAAAUACAUAUGAUCUAAUUACUAAACAGUUAUACAAUAAGGAUACAACAGUUUUUAUUUCUCCAGUUUAUAUUUUCUUUUUGGAUCGUAUCUUUGACGCUUAGUUUUUUCUAUUACACCUGAUACUGUUACUACCUCUACUAUUGUGAGAUUUAGGCUGAUAAAUUCAGUGUUUUUGCUGUCCAUAUUAGUAGGCCACCCAUAUUCGAGGUAACUAAUUGUCCGUUUCAGCUCGUUGUCUUCUUGAGUACAGCAUUUAAUAUCUUCGGCGGAUAGUAGUGUUGCUCUUAUAACAACUUGUAUUAUUUGGUGAAUAUCCUCUUCUCGUUGAAAUAAUAGUAUCUUCACUUUCUUGCUGCUGAUUGACAAUUAGUCGAGAUAAAACAUCAGUUUGUCCAAGAUUUUCUAUUGAUUUAUAGAAAAUUUGGAAAUCAUAAACAAGUAAUGUAAUAAAUAAAAGUAAUAUAUUUCUAAUAUCCCAAUGAGUAGAAAAAUGAGAUUUUCUGACGUUUCGUGACUUAGUGUAAGUCACUUCUUCAGAGAGUAAAUAACCAAAUUAAACUUAGAAUUGACAUUUUCUUUUUUGUAACCGAAAACCAGCUUGCGAUAUUUUAGUAAGCACUACAUCUUGCUGUCCCAUUAGUUCCUGAGCUGAAGAACCAACAACUAUAAGUAUGCUUAACAAAAGUACUUGGGUAAGCGUAUAUAUCAACCAAUAAUUAUUUCUUUUUUUAAUAUUUGAUACCGUCAAAGGUUUAUGGAAACAUAUAACACCACUAAAACUCCACCGAAUGUUACUUAUACCUAUGUAAUCCUGUGGCUGAUGUUCAAAGAUUGAUUGAUUAUGUUAUCAAGAUACACAGUAAAAACUUCGCUAAUAAUUUAUCCAACAUAACGAAGAAAAAUAUAGUAGA